AUGUCCAGAGUACAUCACCUUGACGAGUAUGAUCCUAACAUCGCAGUCAGUGGUUAUAAACUAAAACGUAUUAAAUCUUAGAAACUGCUUGGAGUUCACAUCAAUGAACAUCUUAAGUGGGACGAUCACAUCAAGCACAGGGUAUCGGGUUGCUACGCCACUGUAUCAAUACUAAGAAAACUGUGA